AGAUGCAUUCGUUCCGCUGUCUGGUGGUUGCUGCAGCCCUGCUGGCCGCCCUAGCGGAAGGUGAUGCAACAAUGAUGCCAGAGGCAUCCAAUGACCCCAAGGCGGAAGAGCAGCAGACGCAGCCGCAGCCACAGCCUCUGCUGGACGAAGGAAGAGAUGUGGAUGUUUCAUUGGACCGUGUGCGGCGUCAAGUUGGAGGAUUCGCAAUCGGAUUUGGUGAUUUUGGUGGAAGGCGGGGAGGAGGUCGCUCCGACCGUCGCGACGGUCCGUUUAGGAACCCUCCCCCCUAUCGCGGCGGUCUCUACGGCGGACCCUUCUAUGGCGGUCCCUUUGGCAAUCCCUACCAAGGUCGUAGAUAUGCUGGACGCUUUCCUGGCGACUUCUUUGGCCGCUGAGGUCCACCGAGCGCUGUGUUCAAUGACGAUGUACCAGCCAGCACAGUAAUAAAGCAAAUAAUUGACAAAA